UACAUUGGAGUACGCUAUGGCGGCCGUGACGAGAUAUUUGCCGUCUGCGUGCGAGUCGCGAGAGUGAAUGAUCUUGUUGUGUACGGGGCUCGUGAGCGCGGGUCGCGAGUCACGAGUAGCGAGCAGCGAGUCGCGAGUAGCGAUCCGCGAUUCGGCAAUUCGGCAAUUCGGCAAUUCGGCUGGGAAGACAGCGCGCGCGCGCUCGUGCACAUAUCCGCCGUGGCCGAUCCGUGAGUUUCUCUCGUGAGCCGGGCUAGGGCGACCUGGGGUGACCUGGGACGGCCGGAGGCGCCGUGCGAGGCAAACGAUACUAACACCAUACGCGCAUCACGGCGACUGACGACUGACGAGAGUGACGAGAGUGACGAGUGACCGAGUGACGACGACGACGACGACGACGACAAGACAAGCCGUCGGAGCGGCCCCGAUGCGGGUCGCGCGCGCUCCUCUCAGGGCAAAUGAUGACUUCGAUGCUGCCCAGCUUUAACCCGCCUAUCGUCAAGCGGCUGCUGGGCUGGAAGAAGGCCGAGAGCGAGGACAAAUGGAGCGAGAAGGCCGUUAAGAGCCUGGUGAAGAAGCUCAAGAAGUCCGCGGGCCUCGACGAGCUCGAGAAGGCCAUCACGACGCAGAGCUGCAACACCAAGUGCAUUACUAUACCAAGGCCUAGCCCGGGCGGUGUCGGCGAUAACGGCGUUCAAGGUGUUCGCGGCAAGGGUCUGCCGCACGUGAUUUACUGCCGACUCUGGCGUUGGCCGGACCUACAGUCGCAUCACGAGCUCAGGGCGAUCGAGCACUGCGAGUACGCCUUCACCCAGAAGCGCGACGAGGUCUGCGUGAAUCCUUACCAUUAUCAACGAAUACAAACGCCAGGUACGCGAGGGCAGACAGUUUUGCCAGCCAUUCUCGUACCGCGGCACAACCUAGCUAGCGACGAGAACACCGUCCUCUACAACACCUCCCUCGAGGAGCUCAGCGUCAGCGUGCCGGAAAACACGAACUUCCACGCGACGUUGAAUCACCAGCACAAUCAACAGCAGGGGAUACCGCACUCCCCGCAACAACAACAGCAGCAACAACCAAAUAAUCCGUACCAAGGAAUGCAGAGCAUGCAGGCAACGAGUCCGGCAAGCGUCGGGAGCUUGGGAAGCGUACAGGGCUCGCCUCAUCCCGCUCCAGGAUCCAUGGAUCCGCCGGCAGAUACACCGCCACCGGGCUACAUCAGCGAGGAUGGCGACAAUAUGGACCACAACGAUAACAUGUCCCUGUCACGCUUGUCACCCAGUCCUGUAGACGCGCAGCCGGUUAUGUAUUGCGAGCCCGCGUUUUGGUGUUCAAUUAGUUACUACGAGCUAAAUACGAGAGUGGGCGAGACGUUUCACGCGUCGCAGCCGAGUAUAACCGUGGAUGGUUUCACCGAUCCAAGCAACUCGGAGCGCUUCUGCCUCGGGUUGCUGUCCAAUGUAAAUCGCAACACGGUAGUCGAGCAAACCAGGCGACAUAUCGGCAAAGGUGUCAGGUUGUACUACAUCGGUGGUGAAGUGUUCGCCGAAUGUCUAUCCGAUUCGAGUAUCUUCGUACAAAGUCCGAAUUGCAAUCAGCGCUAUGGCUGGCAUCCGGCUACCGUUUGCAAAAUACCGCCAGGAUGCAAUCUGAAGAUCUUCAACAACCAGGAAUUCGCGGCGUUGCUGUCGCAGUCGGUGUCGCAGGGUUUCGAAGCAGUGUAUCAGCUGACGCGUAUGUGUACGAUCCGAAUGAGCUUCGUGAAGGGCUGGGGCGCGGAAUAUCGCCGGCAGACAGUCACCUCAACUCCCUGCUGGAUCGAGCUACAUUUAAACGGACCGUUGCAGUGGCUCGACAGAGUACUCACGCAAAUGGGCUCGCCUCGCCUACCCUGUUCCUCGAUGUCCUAAGUCUUUGCAACCUCCAUCCGUUCGUUCAUGAGAGAAGAACACGUAAGAGAAUACCCUUCGUGUGCUAUCGUCGUCGAUUCAUCGAUCCAUUCGUUUCUUCUAUUCGUUUCAUCGCAUACGGUACGUGAAAGUUGAAUCCGUUGUUCAGAUUUUCCUCGAACGAACGCUGCUUAGUGACGCGUGUAA